AUGUCGCAGUUUUCGCGUCCACACCCGACCGACUAUGCCAACGACCGCCCGCGGUCGUCUCCUGCGGACAACGCCCCGAUCGUUUCGCGUACGCUCUCAGAAUCGUCGGUGGCGGCAUACUCGGACGAAGCGGCACCAGCAUACAGCCUCGUUUACAUCCCUGAGAGCGAGCGCGGCCUGCAGGCUGUCCCGAGGAGCCUUCUCUCCUUGCGCAUCACUUCUGAGGAAGCUUACCAGGAUACCUCGCGCACGGCGACUGCUUAUCAUCACCCAAGCAUAUCCUUCUCCAACAGCGCCGCCUUCUCGACAGACGACAACGACGCCGGUGGAUACGUGCACGACAGUGAUCCCAGCGAUGAAGGGCACGCUCUGAGUGGAGGUUCAGAACAGCCCGCCGCCACUCUGCGAGACUCUGAGCCGGCCACAGAAGCUCGACCCUCGACUGCCACCCGCGGCGGCAGCAGAAAUGCCGGGAGCGAACGGAGCCGAGAAGGCACAGACAACUCUGCUUCAUCCGCCACGAACGCCGAACGCGAUGGCCAGGAAGGACAAGGUGGUGAUGACGGUGAGACACUCUAG